CCGAACGUUGCGGGCGAAAAACGCAGCUUCAAUUCAAUUUUCCAUUAUCCAGAGAAUAUACAAAAUUUACUGAACGAUGAAACUGGCCGACCUGGAUGAACAGUACGCGCGCUUUCCGCAGAUCAAGCGAGAGGAGAUGCAGAAAUUUGUCGAUUGGAUACAUGCCCAGCCACACAUUUCCCCCCACUUUUCCGAGGGGGAGGCACUGCACUUUUUCCACGCCUGCAAAUACAGCAUGGAAAUGGCCAAGCAGGUGCUGGAUACAAAUCUCACGGCACGCACCCACCUGGACGACUUCUUUGUGAAUUUGGAUAUCGAGUCUAGUCAACUAAAAAGAGCCAUGAAAACGGUUUCCAUCGUUCCAUUGCCAGGCGCCACUCCGGAGGGUUAUCGUGUUAUAGUGGGUAAGCUGGAGGAUCUGAAUGCAUCCAAUUUCAAUUAUGCCGAUGUCAUGAAACUCUACUGCAUGGUUUUUGAUUAUUGGAUGUACGAGGAUGGCAUACAGCCGGGUCACGUGAUCGUCAUAGAUCUGAAGGGCUGCUCCUUGGGCCACGUGGCACGCAUUGGUUUGCUGCAGAUGAAGAAGUUUCUUUUCUAUUUGCAGGAAGCGGCUGCCAUACGUCUCAUCGGCUUCCAUUUCAUCAACAUUGUGCCCUUCAUGGAUAAGAUAUUGGCGCUAAUGAAUCCAUUCAUGAAAAAGGAGUUGACCAGCAUCCUCUAUUUGCACAACGAUAUCAAUGAGUUCUUUAAAUUUGUGCCGCGUGAGAUGCUGCCAAAGGACUAUGGUGGACCACUCGAAGAGACCAAAGUGUCAAGGGAUAUAUACUACAGCAAAAUGAUAGACAAUCGAAAGCAAAUACUGGAAUACGAGACGCGUCAUCAAGUCAACGAAAAGUUGAGACCGGGCAAGCCAAAGAACGCUUCCGAUCUGUUUGGCAUUGCGGGCAACUUUAAGAAAUUGGAUAUAGAUUAA